AUGGCUGACAGCCAGGGGAAGCGAACUGUCCUUGUCACUGGCGCUGGAGGCAGAACAGGCCGGUUGGUGCUGGAGAAGCUUCAAAGCCGGCCGGAGUUUAACGCGAGAGGCAUGGUGCGGUCGGAGGCGAGCAAGGAGACGCUUGCACAGGCCGUGCCUGGCGCCGACAUCAUCGUUGCCGAUAUCGUCCGCCCCACCGACAAGGCCUUCGCCUCUGCGUUCGACGGCGCCGAGGCAGUCAUCAUUGUUACCAGCGCUGUGCCGAAAAUGAAACCCGGUUUUGAUCCUUCUUCUGGUCAGCGGCCUGAGUUUUAUUUUGAAGAAGGAGGCGAACCUGAGAAGGUUGAUUGGCUCGGUCAGAAAGCACAGAUUGAUGCUGCUAGGCGGGCAGGAGUGAAGCAGGUGGUGAUAGUGGGGUCUGCAGGUGGUACCAACGAAAAGCACCCCCUGAACUCUUUGGGCAACGGAAACAUUCUGAUUUGGAAGCGCAAGGCAGAGCAGUAUCUUGUUGACUCAGGCAUUCCGUACACCAUUAUCAGAGCUGGCGGACUUUUGGAUAAGGAUGGUGGAAAGCGCGAAUUGCUGGUGGGCAAGGAUGACGAGUUUCUCUCUAGCAACACUCGCACCGUGCCUCGUGCAGACGUUGCUGAAGUCUGCGUGCAGGCUCUUCUCUGUAAUGAGGCAAAGAGCAAGGCUCUUGAUCUCGUGUCGCGCGAGGAGGGAGAUGGACCUGUCACCACUGAUUUCAAAGCUCUUUUUGCACGAACAACGUCCGGGAUGUAA